CUGGAUCUCUUCCCUCUGCAGGAAUUUGGAGAACAUCCAAAUAUAAUCAAGCUGCUGGAUGUUAUCCGAGCUCAGAAUGACAAGGACAUCUACCUCAUCUUUGAGUCCAUGGAGACAGAUUUACAUGCUGUGAUUAAGAAGGGGAAUUUGCUGAAAGAUAUCCACAAGUGUUACGUUCUCUACCAACUCUUGAAGGCAACUAAAUUCAUCCACUCAGGAAAUGUUAUUCACAGAGAUCAGAAGCCUUCAAAUAUCUUGCUGGACGCAGACUGCUUUGUCAAACUUUGUGACUUUGGGCUGGCCCGUUCUUUAUGUCAGAUGAAUGAGGACCAAGUCAACCCUACUCUAACAGAGUAUGUGGCGACACGCUGGUACCGAGCCCCUGAGAUCUUACUUUCCUCUCGGAGUUACACCAAAGGUGUAGACAUGUGGAGCAUUGGCUGUAUUCUGGGAGAGCUGCUACUUGGGAAACCUCUUUUUCCUGGAACUUCAACAGUGAAUCAAAUAGAGCAGAUCUUGAGAGUUAUUCCUGCCCCAUCCCCGGAAGAUAUUUUGGCCAUGCAGUCAGAUUACAGAGCCUCAGUUAUUAACCACAUGAGUUCCCGGCGGCGAGUAACAUUUGAGGAGAUUUUACCAUCCUCUACUCCAUUGCCUGCCUUGGAUCUUCUGAAGAAACUUUUAGUAUUUAACCCUGACAAACGACUCACGGCAGAGGAGGCUUUGCAGCAUCCUUAUGUGAAAAGGUUUCACUGUCCUGCCAGGGAGCCCUCUCUGGAUCAUGAUGUGGUUCUUCCUUUAGGUGAUGAUAUCCAGCUGUCUGUGGCAGAAUACCGGAAUAAAUUGUAUGAGAUGAUCCUUGAAAAGAAAUCAAAUAGCCAUCCAAAGGAGCAAGUGCGGAGAGAAAACAUACAAAUAAGUCAAUCUGAAUCUAGGCUGCUUCCAAACUCCACUUCCGUGAUUUCACCAACCAAGAAAGGCCAGAUAGAACCAACACCACCCCUUCUAAAAGCUUUGCAUGUGCAUGCUGGAACUACAACUGGUAUCCAGCCAGAAGUAUCCAGCCAGAGUGAAGAUUUACCAAGAUCUUUAUGUCAGAGAUCAAAGAUCCAUGUGAUAUACAAUCCCAUAACACACACCGCUGUUCAAAGUAAUGCAAAUUCUGGUGCUCUUAUCGGGAACUGUUCAGCAUCACUUUCUCAACAGGCCAGAAUCUCCAACAAUAGCAGACUGGGGAGACAAAUCACAUGGGCAAAAGCAAAUGCUGGGUUACCUCCUGCAAGUGUACAGAACAUUUGCAAUAAUCCAAGAAAUACUCAGUUUCACAGCAAAGAUGACGUUCGUCCCCCUCUGAAGUCCAGUAAAAAGUUGUUCCAGAUUACUGCAAAUAUGGGAGCUGCUGGUGACCCAAAAGCAUCGAUGGGCAGUUACUCUCAGGCCUAUGGAACCAUAUGUAAAUCUGCACUGCAGAGUCUUCCAAUAUCAAAGUCCUCCCAGCAACUUGAGCAGUGA